CCCUUUCUUGCACUUCGGUUUGUCUUCGAGGUCUUGAGGGCUCCCAGAAAGCGAUGCGUCUUCCGAUUGGUGCUAAAUGCAAGCAGACCGCUGACAGCACGAAAAUGCUCGUGCGGCGCACCAACAGUUCGAGCGCGGAAAGGUCCAUCCAAGACGCUGUCGUUCCUGGAUAAUACCCUUGUGGAGUCAUGGCAACUGCACUAAUUACAGCGCUUCCGUGAACUGUACACUUUCUUAUGCUUGCCUUGCCUUUUCAGGCACAUACUCUUUGCUGGUCGCAUAGAUUCUGUCUUCGUACUGUUAUGUUAGGAACCUGUAGCUACGGGAUGGGAGAGGACUUACACAGCCGGAGGUGUACCGAGUCCUUGUUCGAUGUGGCGGUCGCUAACAUUCCGCUGCACACAGUUGAGCGAAAACCACUGGUACUGCUGUGCACUUUUGUUGAUGGAAAUACAUCGGUGACGGGACACAAGUUUGGGUUGAACUAGUAGAGAUUCCCAGAAAGCCCCCUUUGGAGUGGCGCUGCGGCUGUUCAGCGAAACCGGAAGCUGCAUGCGGAUUGGACCAUACGCGUGCAGCAGUUGGGAGGCGGCACGUGAGACAGACUCGAGCAAAUCACCGAUCAAAAACACAAUUUAUCUGGUAGAAGCUAGACUCUUCACUGCAGAGUCGAAUUCACGGCCAUUCAGUGCGACAGGAACUCCACAGCUUCAGUGUUCACUGUGUCCAGGAUUCGGGGUGGACGGUGUGCGCCACCCCGUGUCCGUGAGUUACCUUAUCCCUUGGCCUUUUUCUAUCUGCUUGUCACUGAUUGUAGAACUGGUGAAGGGACUACGAAGCCAUGGCUUGUUAACACAAAUUAUACAGCGUGACCGUUGGGUGCAGUGGCACCUUGCGCACACCUGCGUGGACACGCGCUGACUUCUAUUGGAAAUGACAGGAAAGGCGUUGUCCCAGUCCUAAUGGCAUCUUUCAGUGUGUCUGUAACCCGUAGUAGCAGGGCGUGGCUGCAUCCGGUUACUGAGACGGUGUCUCAGAUGCACUGCAGGACAUACCUGCACGGCACAGCGGGCCGGCAAUUGUCAAGAUGCCGUUGUGCUCGUGGUAUUUUCUCCUGUGCAACACGGCCGGGCAUCUUUCUGAGGCAGGCACGCCCACAUCAUCAACGUAAAAGUGUUCGUCUGGCGAUCCGUGGUGUUUCGUCAUCGAGAGACUGGUAUUCCACCAGGCAUGAAUCCGCUGCUUCCUUGGUUCAUAACCUGAGGUGGGAGAAAUUCCAGAGAGGGAGAAACCCGACCGCCACUUUCGGCCCGGAGCAUGGAAUGAGAAGUGCGCAUCCGCUCCCUUCAACGGGGGGAAUUGCGUUAGUCUGCUCAGACUUACCAAACAGGCAGCUCACCGGGCGCAGCAGAGCGGAAUUCUCACGAUGCUUAGCUACCCGUCGUGGUGUCCGCGGAAGCAAAGUGCCUUUCUCGAGUAGAUGUGAUCAUUCACAUUCCGCGUCUUGCUUCGCUUCAUCGUUCGCACCCGCGAAUGGACGAAAAGGUGAAGCAUCGUCCUCUGAAGGUGUGUUUCGACAGGAACACACGUCUGAUGAACGAGUAAUGGCAGGACUCGAAAGAGUUUCAGGAAUCCACAGACACGCUUGUGAAAGAUGUUCUCAAGACGCGAGAGAAAAUGUGGAGUUGCUAGACACAAGGCGUAAACAAGUUCUCAACAACCUUCCCGCCUAUGUUCGUCUGGUGGAGUCUGGCCCGAUCCAGGUGGUAAUUUACCCGAUUGUUCAUGGGAAUGCUGAAACGGUAUCACAUGUUCCAAGAACGGGUGACUGUGGGACAAGCACAGAGGCCUCGCAGCUCAUUCGGGUUUUGCAUCCAGACUUCGUGUUUUUUGGUGCGGAUCCUUCGGCAAGGAAGGGUGGAGAGUCCAGUUACAGUCAGGCUCUUGGGUGGCCGUCUUCUUUCGGCAUUCUGCCACGCGUGUUCGGAGGCUUCCUUCCUUUUUCGGAUAUUCAAGAACCGCUGGCGGCUGCGGACCAUGUUCAUGCGAGCGUCGGGUUUCUGGAUCGCCCGAAGGCAGCGACAACGAAUCGUUUACAUCAGCAAUUGCUACAGAAUAGCAGAUACUCUCGAGCGUACUUAGACUAUGCAUCGGCAUGCAGAACACUAAAGAAGAACAGCAGGGUGCAAUAUCUUGGUGGUGAGCAGAUGCUGAAGGAAUCGUCCGCGCUGUCUCAUCAGCUCAUGUUCAGCUUUCCUGAAGGCUACGAGACUCUGGUCGUUGAACGAGUGCGGUAUAUGGCUGGACGGCUGGCAGAAUGCCUCAGUUCUGCAUCCAUGGAAGGCCAGAUCUCACUGGCACCUAUUCAAGAUCCUGACGACAACAGCAAGGACACGCAAGAAGUGGCAAGACACCGAGUUGUCAGUGUGGUUGUUUGCGACAGCGUCCUCGCAGAACGGAUGGCGAAUGCUGUGAAGAGGAUCGUGGGUGACCCUGCGUUUAUCAGGAAUCAUUUCACAAAAAAUGCUACUUCUCGUAGCCCAUCCAACGGUAACCAUGCGUUACGAUUUACCUCGUAUCUGGAGCCUCCGGCUGUUUCUACAUACAAAAACCCGUACGAGGGGCUGGCUGUAGCACCCGUAUCACAGCUGCCGUUAUUGUUUUUCCAGAUUUUCGUGCUUCCAUCGUUGCUUGCUUGGCUUCUCAUGUGGCAAGUUCAGCUACUGGUGGGAAGGGGUUUUAGCUCACACCCGCUUGGCGACUUACCCAUUCUUCAAAAGACAGAAGCUGUUGAACUCGACCUUGGCGGGGAGAAGCCUGUUGUUGAAUUAGGUCGAGGGCGCCGCCGAUUUGUUAGUGGUGUGAAUGCUCAAGAAGAAUCACUGGCGGGCAGUGACAUCGCCUGUGGCAGUAGCAGCCCACGGAGUACACAUACUCUGUGGCCUGGGUGGAAGCGUUUUGUGCCUUCCAAUAUUUUGUCAUUGUUCUCAUCUGGUCCUCUAGGGAGAUACACCGACCGCCGCUAGUAACUCCUCAUUUGCGCUGACGGUGUAAGGGAAUCGUUUUCCUGUCUGCACAUAUGGAACGACUGUUUUCGGAAACCGACAUGGAGACACCUACAAUGGUUCCCUAUGUAGCACUCAGAGAGAAAGAAGGACGUUGCUGUGUAACGCGGUUCCAUCUCUCGAUGAACAGCGGACAUAACAGGAAAGAAUGCUCUAGAAUCUAAACACGUGAACUGUCGGGGUUGGAGCACAUUUCGAUGUUUCCUAGUUUUGGACGAGAAGUCAGAUCGAUGUCACCCACUUUUCUAGAAGACUACCGGAUACUCUUGAGGCGCUGCACUACCAAUAGACGGUUGCGAAGGAA